AUGGCAACAGGUGACGCCAAGGCUUCUCGCGAUGAGAUCUACGACGGUGAGCCUCACCAGUCCAAGGUCAGCCACGAGCUUGUGGCCGGAGGUGCUGCCUUUGAGGCCAUGAAGCUCUUCGAGGACCGCCAGCGCGCCAGUGGCGAGCCCGUCAAGCACGCCUUUGCCAAGGAGGCUCUUGCUGGCAUUGCCGGUGCCGAGGUCGACAAGCUCUUUGAGACCAAGGGCCUCGACUUCCUCGACCGAGAGGAGGCCAAGCACAAGGCCAAGAAGCAGGCCGAGCACCUCUACGAGGAGCACUACGGUCAAUAUGACGAGUACAACCCUAACGAGCAGGGCCGUCACCCCACCCUGGACUACUAG